UUCCUUCCCUUUUCAUGCCAAAGAACUAAAUUAAGUGAAAGUAGGAAAAUUAGCAAAGUGUUGGAAAACUUUUAAAUGGUUUUUGCUGAAAGUUCUGCUGUUGCGCUUGCUGUUGUUAUUGGCCAUUAACUCGCUGUGCGCGUUACAAAGAAGCUGCCGCUGUCCACAAGUCUAAUUAGAUUGUAUGCAGGCCCCCAAGUGGCAAGUGGGGAGUGAUAAGUGGCAAAAGGCAAGUAGUAACCGGCUAGUGGCAAGGACAUAGCACAGCCUCAAAGGUAAACGGACAUGUUGUAUGCAGAGUAAUCGACAACAAAGCAGAUGACAUACAAGAGAUGGCCAGCCAAACCACUAGCCACUGACCCAAUUAUGUAAAUGCUGUAAAAAUGUUUCUUUCAAAGGCAACAGCAUGCCUUUGACGUCACAUUGGGGACAUUCGACAGGUGCAAAGGUAAAGAGUGAACAAAAAAAAUAAGUAAGAAAAUUCUGAAAUUCAAUAUGAAAUGCAAAAAAAAAAAAACAGAAAACGAACGUUACGCAAUAUGACUGGAUAAUUGUGCGUGAUGCCACACUUGAAUCCCUUUUAGCACACCUGAGCCUUAUUGCCGAUACACGAGUGCAAACUGAGAUGCUGAACGGGAUUAAAAAUGAAAAUGGUACUUAGGACACCACUGCGACUGCCCACUUUCAUUCACAAAUUGGCCAAUUGCCAUUGAAAGCUCGAGUCGCGUCUCAAAUAUCCAACUAAUGUGACGACUGCGCCUGCUGCGCAUGCCUCCAAAUGCCACCUGCCACCUACCAUUUGCCACUUGCCACUUGCCACCUGCUAACUUCUAGCUGCAGGUUGCCAUCGCCUUCGUGGCCAUCCCCUCGGGCAACAGGUACACGUACUUGGGGCUAUAAAAACGGACCAACCUGUCGCAUUCGCCGUUAGUCGCACUUACAUCGCUGUGGCACGUGAUCGGCAGCUUCCACUUGAGUUCUGUCUCUAAUAAAAAUUUGUGAAUUUCACUUUUCGGUUCGCUGAGAUGUUUCUCAAUAUUCUUUACCCAACGCGGGCCCUAUUAACUCACAAAAUGUAAAAACCAGCCCGAGCUGCUUCAUCCUCGACACCAACACCAAAAAAAAGGAUAAUGGCGUUUCUAUAUCUGACUUUAAGUCGGCGCAUUUCACUGCUAUUACUGUUGAUGGCAGCCGCACCAAUGCGCCUGGGGGUCAUCGCAGUGAUGGCGGCCGAAGCUCAGGUGGAGGCGGAUGCGGAUGCGUCGAGGGCGCUGGCUGCCUGGAACUGGCCAAUGGAAAUGGCAAAAACCUCAUACCGUCAUUUGGUAGACAGCGGAAGCCCUUUGCCGAAAAUUGAAGCUGAGGAAAUGGCUCCCGAAUUUGAGAAUGAGUUGGCGCAACCAUUUAAUUUCCCACCGUUUCCGAUGCCCUUGAACCGACGCUGGCGCCUUUGGCGACAACGGUACAACAAGCAUCUGAAGGAGUUGCAGGUGCAACAGAGAUGGUUGGGCGACCUGCAAUCUCCGGCCAUUGUCUCCACAUCGAAACUAAAACGUAACCACCAAUUAUUCCCAGCAAAUGAAGAUGAUGCAAAUGCCAAUGACGAAAAGGCCACAGAGCAGCACGAAAUGAAACGCGAACCGUCCGACUACAGAGGACCACUUUAUAGGCCCUCUAUCAGUGCUGUCAUGACCAAUCUAGGUGACUUCUUCAAGCAGCUCAAGGCGAACGUGCACUUUGCCGAACAUUCACAUCAGCUCGGCGAGGGUGAAUCUCAGCUACUCGAGGGUCUGCAUCCGUAUCCCUUGGAGCCGCCAAGCGAUACAGCCGAUGAUGCCGAUUAUGAUUCUGGGCAGCCGCCAGAUCGCAACUCAAACAAAUUACUGCAGUCUGUGCGGAGCUAUCGACCCUCGCAAAAGAUUCGAUCGCUGGUGUCCCGCAAUCCGAAUGGGUAUCGGGGUUCCCAAUUCAUUGACCCCAGCUACAUGUGGCUGGGUUUGGGUAAAUGACCAUAGGCCUCCAUCAGCCAACAACCAUGAGGUCACAACGAUUAAAUGCGCUGCGUGUAACAUUCCCCCGAAGUCCAGCCCCCAAUUUUUCAACAAUUCAAUUUAUCUCUAUGUGUACAUAUGUAUUUACGUAUUUGUGUAUUUAUUGUAGUGUGUAUUAAAAAAUAUUAUUGAAAUAAAAAUAGCCCCAUAAAA